AUGACACAGCCGGACAAGCUGAAGGGCAUGCACCAGGGCGUGCUGUAUUACGGCAUCCGGGACCUGAAGGUCUACGCCCCGAGCCACGUGCCGGUUCUGGUGCCCUGCGCCGAGGCGGCUCGGCACCCAGGUGCGGCGGACAAGUGGUUUCUGACCGCCGUCGGGCAGUUCGACCCGGGGAAGGCGGCGAUCAGACGUAGUGAGGCCUACGUGCAGAAGCAGGCUGCCCGAACCUACAUGGACGAGACGUGGGUGCUGCCGAGGCGUCGCCCGAAGGGAGCCGCCCAGUUUGUCUCCUUCCAGCAGGCCGCGCAGCCUUCCCAGCAGGCGGAGCUGACCGGGCCAGCGGCGGGCCUGAGGAGCCUGGCGCUGCACAGACAGCAGCACCGGAGGACCCUGGAAGGCUUCCUCUGCGCCGCUGCGGGGGUGCAGAACCGCGCCGCGUUCACGGGAUGCACCGACAUGAAGACGCCGGACGGCGACAGCGGCGACGAUUGGUGUUGGCUCGAGCCGCAGGUCAUCGCGGGCCUGCCAGCGGGGGCGAAGCGGUGGGGCAAGUGCGCGAAGGUCGUGGACUACGACAGAAUACGGCAAGAGAGCGAGGACGUUCCCUUCGGGGAGGUCCUUCGCCCUCCCACUGCGCACGCUGCGUGA